CCAGGUGUCAGCACUGGACAAGCAUGAGCAGGCUGCAUUAUGUAUACAGAGAAACUAUCGUGGUUAUGUAGGCAGGAAGCGCUAUACAGAUUUCCUUUACGACAAAUACACCAAGGAAGAACAGGCACGACUAGAAAAGAUUUUGGCCCAGUAUGAAGAAGGGGAACUGUUAGUGGAAAAUCACCAGUUAGAGGUUCUAUUAGAUGACAAUGCUACGACCCGCAGGAACCGAAACCGCAAUUAUGUAUCCCAAGUAAUCACUAUUCAAAGAGCAUGGAGAUCGUACUCCAAGAGGAAAUAUUUUGUUGAUAGUGGUUCCUGUGACAACACUGCUGACGAGCUUGAGGAACUUAAAAUAUUGCAUGAUGGGAGUGAGAAACAGAAAAUGACCAAGAAAAACCUGGACAGUUUGUCUCAGAGUGAGGAUGUAAAUAUUGUCCUAAAGGAUGUGUCAUGCACGGACAAUAUUGAUAAACAGGACUCAUCCAAGGAGAAGGAUUAUCUUACAGAAAAGCGCAGCUCCUCUGAGGAAAAAGAACCUUCCGCUGAACCCUCAUUUGCCUUCCCUGCCAACAGACUCAUUAACAAAGUUUGUGAUGAACACGAUAGUGAUUCACUGUCAUCGGACUAUUCUGAGUUUUCUGCUCCUCUGAAGGACCUUGCAGAGAGUGAAGUGACUAUUAUAGAAUGUCAACAGUUAGCAGAGGGAAACAUUCCAUAUUCUUCUGGAAACACCUCUAGCAGAGUGGUCAGAAAACCAUUUGAAUCCGAUGAGGAAUUAAGCAGACGAAUCAGAAAACUUAACUUUUUAAGCAUUGCACAGGAAUUUGCUGAGUUGAAAAAAGUGAACUGUAAUAUAUUGCCAUUUGACCUUCAUAAAGGUCAACAGGUCCCGGAGAGUUCUUGUAGUGAUACUAGUUCGGCUCCAAACUCGCAACUCUCUUCUGAAAUGAAUACUCCGAGUGAUCCCUCAGACUCAUUUGAGCAACUCAACAAUGGGGUGAACAGUCUUAUAUCAAAAGAUCUGAAUAGUAAUAUUAAUAAUGGAAAUGUUGAUGACAGAGAUAGCCGAUCAGUGUCAACAAUAAUAAGUCAAUCAAGUAAUUCAAAUGAUAAUCUUCCAAAGAACUCUUCAACUAGAGAGGCUUCCUCCAUAGGUAGAGUGGCAAAACGCAGCAGGGACCAAAAAGAGGAGAAUAGCAACAAGGGAGAUAAUUCGAAUGUGAUAGACAGGGGAGAUAACUCCAAUAAUGAGGAGAGUGAAGGUGAUUUUGAUGUUUAUAACAUAGAGACAGCUUUACCUCAGAUGAACUGGGAAAUACUUGGACAACAAUUGGAGCAGGUUACACUUCAUCAGCAAUCCCUACAACAUCAGCCAGGAAAACCAAAACAACCUGAACAGAAUCCUCAGACACAGCGUAAUGAUCGUGAGGAGAUCCGUCGUAAGCUGGCCAUGGGGAGCUUGGAGGAAGACUAUUACGGAGGGGAGAGAUCGUAUAAAAAACCAAACCUCUCCAGAAGACUUCAGAGUGGUAUGAAUCUACAGAUUUGUUUUAUGAAUGAAUCACCAGGAGAAGAGCCUGAUCCGAUUAAGUAUUCACCACAAAAAUCUACCCUCCUACAGGAGGAAAAGAUUUCUUCAAAACUAUCCAAAUUUUUUCAAAAUAAGGCAGAAUUGAAUGAAUCAGAAUCAACUGAUGUUAAAACAUCAGUGGCAGCGGUAUUGACUCCAGACAGCAAAACGUCAGUGGCAGCAGACAUGACUGCUAAGUCGGGGCUUCCCGGUGGCAAACAAAUGGGGGAUGAAGAUUUCUUCAAAAGGCAAGCUCAACUACAACGGGAAGCCAAAAUAGCGCUGGCACAAGCAAGUACUAUGGCUCACAUGCAGCUGGAAGUGGAGAAACAGAUGAAGAAGAAGUCACCAGUCACUGACAUUGUUGGCCUUCCUUUGCUGGGGAGCCAAAUCAUGUCCUGGGGUAACAAACCUUUACACGAGAUGAACCUGGCCCAGUUACAAGUUCUCGUGAACGAUCUACAUUCACAGAUAGAGAAGUUGAAUGAAGAUCUGGUUCGUCUUCUGAUGGAGCGAGAUGAACUACAUAUGGGCCAGGACUCAAUGUUGGUGGACAUAGAGGAUCUAACGAGGAGAGCUGAAGACAAAGCCAAGAGAUUCAACACACAGACGGGGAAGAAGGGCUUUAACUCUAAGAGAUCAUGACAGCAGCUUUUUAUGUAGUUUUGAGGAAAAUAUCCUGAAAUCCAUUCCAAAAUUCCGAAGUCUUCCAGACUGGCCAGCACCUGCUUACUACAAACCUAGAGUGACCACAUUGGCAGUGUUUGGCUGAUAAAUAAUCACCAUGCUACCAGCAGACACAAAAACUGACUUGAAUCUCUGAAUGAGGUUUCCUGGUAUUGCUAAUGUGUGAUGCAAACUCCACUCUGUAUGUCUGACUACAGGUGUGUGGGACUAUUGUCUGCUCACUAAAUAGCAGUCCGUGUGGACAGUGCAUGACCACUGUAGAUAGUCUACAUCAGUAGCCCCGUGUGGACAGUGCAUGACCACUGUAGAUAGUCUACAUCAGUAGCCUCAUGUGGAUGGUACACGACUACUAUGGAUGGUACACGACUACUAUGGAUGGUACACGACUACUAUGUAUAGUCUACAUCAAUAGCCUCGUGUGGAUGGUACAUGUCUACUAUGGAUGGUACAUGACUACAUGACUACUAUGGAUGGUACAUGACUACUAUGGAUGGUACAUGACUACAUGACUACUAUGGAUGGUACAUGACUGCUAUGGAUGGUACAUGACUACUAUGGAUGGUACACGACUACUACGGAUGGUACACGGCUACUAUGGAUGGUACACGACUACUAUGGAUGGUACACGACUACUAUGGAUGGUACACGACUACUAUGGAUGGUACACGACUACUAUGGAUGGUACAUGACUACUAUGGAUGGUACAUGACUACUAUGGAUGGUACAUGACUACUAUGGAUGGUACACGACUACUAUGGAUGGUACACGACUACUAUGGAUGGUACACAACUAUUAUGGAUGGUACACGACUACUAUGGAUGGUACAUGACUACUAUGGAUGGUACACGACUACUAUGGAUGGUACACGACUACUAUGGAUGGUACAUGACUACUAUGGAUGGUACACGACUACUAUGGAUGGUACAUGACUACUAUGGAUGGUACACGACUACUAUGGAUGGUACAUAACUACUAUGGAUGGUACAUGACUACUAUGGAUGGUACAUGACUACUAUGGAUGGUACACGACUACUAUGGAUGGUACACGACUACUAUGGAUGGUACACGACUACUAUGGAUGGUACACGACUACUAUGGAUGGUACACGACUACUAUGGAUGGUACACGACUACUAUGGAUGGUACAUGACUACUAUGGAUGGUACACGACUACUAUGGAUGGUACAUGACUACUAUGGAUGGUACACGACUACUAUGGAUGGUACAUGACUACUAUGGAUGGUACAUGACUACUAUGGAUGGUACAUGACUAAUAUGGAUGGUACAUGACUACUAUGGAUGGUUCACGACUACUAUGGAUGGUACAUGACAAAUAACUAACGAAAUAGUUACACGAGAACUUACUAUCCUAUCCAGGCACAUAGAUCCAUAACUCAAGAAUUUGGUGUAUGAGCCUUUUGGAUGUCAUAUAUAGCCUGUGUGGAUGGUACAUGACCCCCGGGGAUGUCAUAUAUAGUCCGUGUGGAUGGUACAUGACCCCUGUGGAUGUUAUACAUAGCCCGUGUGGAUGGUACAUGACCCCCGGGGAUGUUAUACAUAGCGCGUGUGGAUGGUACAUGACCACCGGGGAUAUUAUACAUAGCCAGUGUGGAUGGUUCAUGACCCCCGGGGAUGUUGUACAUAGCCCGUGUGGAUGGUACAUGACCCCCGGGGAUGUUAUAUACAGCCCGUGUGGAUGGUACCUGACCCACGGGGAUGGUAUAUAUAGCCCGUGUGGAUGGUACAUGACCCCCACGGAUGGUAUACAUAACCCAUUUGGAUGGUACACGACCCCUGUGGAUGUUGUACAUAGCCCGUGUGGAUGGUACAUGACCCCCAUGGAUGUUAUAUGUAGUCCGUGUGGAUGGUACAUGACCCCCGGGGAUGUUAUACAUAGCCCGUGUGGAUGGUACAUGACCCCCACGGAUGUUAUAUAUAGCCCGUGUGGAUGGUACAUGGCCCCCACGGAUGGUAUGCAUAACCCAUGUGGAUGGUACACGACCCCUGUGGAUGUUGUACAAAGCCCGUGUGGAUGGUACAUGACCCCCACGGAUGUUAUAUGUAGUCCGUGUGGAUGGUACAUGACCCCCGGAGAUGUUAUAUGUAGUCCGUGUGGAUGGUACAUGACCCCUGUGGAUGUUGUGCAAAGCCCGUGUGGAUGGUACAUGACCCCCACGGAUGUUAUAUAUAGCCCGUGUGGAUGGUACAUGGCCCCCACGGAUGUUAUAUAUAGUCCGUGUGGAUGGUACAUUACCCCCACGGAUGUUAUAUAUAGUCCGUGUGGAUGGUACAUUACCCCCAUGGAUGUUGUACAAAGCCCGUGUGGAUGGUACAUGACCCCCACGGAUGUUAAAUAUAGUCCGUGUGGAUGGUACAUGACCCCCACGGAUGUUAAAUAUAGUCCGUGUGGAUGGUACAUGACCACUGUGGAUGUUGUACAAAGCCCGUGUGGAUGGUACACAACCCCUGUGGAUGUUGUACAAAGCCCGUGUGGAUGGUACAUGACCCCCACGGAUGUUAUACAUAGCCCAUGUGGAUGGUACACAACCCCUGUUGAUGUUAAACGUCCCAUGUGGACAGUACCUGACUUCUGUGGAUGGUACAUGGCCCCUCAUAGUAAUGUGUGGAUGGUAUGUGACCCCCAUGCAUGGUAUGCAAUUUCCAGGUAGUCUUGUAUGGACAGACUAAGAUCCCUUUGGAUGAUAUGUAUGAUGUAUUUAAUUUGAAUCAUUGUAGGCCUUUCAUAUGUACUGUAUAUUUGUCCUUUCAAGGCAUGUACGUCAGCUUUAUUUAUCAUGCAAAAAAUAUAUGUAACCAUAUACUAGACAUUUAAUCAAAAUAUUGGCUAUAUCUAAUAAUAACCUGGUUAGCUAGCAGUAUAGCCCUGCUAGUUAUAGUGAUAACCCUAGUUAGCUAGUGUGACUGUGUCCGGAACAAGUUAUUGGCAGUACUAGUGCUUGGCUAACUUGAUACAGCAAUGUAAUGUAUGUUAGAUUGAAGACUGAUAUAGUGUGGAAAAUGAUAGUGAGAAUCCCCCCCCAGGGGUUAGCUGUCAUUUUAUCACAAGCUGAACAAGGCGUUUUUAUGUGUUUGUGUGGUUGCUGAUUGUCAUCAGAUUUGUGGUUUGAUUGUUGCAAAGAUGUGUAAUUAUCAUGUGUGAUACUACUGGAAAAUAAUUAACAUGUAAACAGUUUUCUGUAGCUUAAUCACACAACAUGUUUUGACCUAAUUAUAAUGUACACUGUAUGUCUAAGGUGGUUCUUACAUCUAUAAUCAUUCACCCCUACAUCAGCAGGCAUCCAAUCGUAAUUCAAAAUUUCUCAUGUGAUUUACUUUAUAGCAAGGUACAACUUACUCCCGGAUAAAGAUUGUUUGUAUUUUUCAUGUUUGAACUAUGGUACUGAUGUACAUAUUAAUUGCAUGUAUUGUUGCUUUUGCUAUUAUACACACAUUGACUGAAGUUUGAGGUAGAGAGGGACACUUCUGUAUCUGAUGAAGGUGGGCUACCGGUAAUCAAAUUGCUCUUCGUCCCAGUGUCAGUCUUCUGUCUGUCCGUCCGUUCUUUAACAAUUUUUGUUAUCAUUAUUUCUCAGAAAUUUCCUCAUGGUUCUUCCUCAAAUUUCAUUUCUCUAGUUGUGCUUGCUCCAUUUGGAGACUGAUCUGAAACAAUAUGACCAACGAUUAAACACCAGGGGUCAUUUUAGAUUUUGAAAGUUGAAUAUUGCUUUUAAGAAUGUUCUUCAUGGAUCUUUCUCAAAUUUCAUAUGUAGAUUCCCCUUGGCUUGUAGUGGUGCUUGAUCCAUUUUGUGACACCAAAAAACUAGAUGGCAAACGUACAGUCAGCUAUUUUAAAUUUUGACAGCUGAAGAUUGCUAUCUAUAUUUCCCAGAAAGUUCUUGAUGGGAUCUUUCUCAAAUUUCAACUGUAAGUUUCCCUUGGUCCCUAGUUGUGAAUGUUCUAUUUUGAGUUCUUCGUGGUUAUUUCUUCUUAUAUCUAAAAAUCUUAAAAAUGUAAACAGAGUGGUCUUGAUCGAAUUCAUAUAUUAUCGAUCGUAACCCUAUUGGAAAACUGUGGGAGCCUUUCCCUAUUAUCUUCAGAAAAAAAUACAUGUUUUCUUUUCGACGAAAGUAAAAUAAUCAGAUAUUUUUGUUACCUGUAUAACUUUCAUGGCCUGUGUCAUUUGUAUGAUAUUUUUCACACUGCUUUUUUACUUUCUGUAUGAAAUAUAAGUCGCUGGUUGUGUUUUGAGUGGUGAUGCUAAUAUGUACCUAGCUGAUAUACAUACAUAUACAUACCGAACGGUAUGUAUACAUUAUAUUUAUAUGCAACUUUUUUCAUUGUGUCUCAACACGUGACUAAAGCAUCUCGUUCUGCAGCGUAUAAAAUGCUGCUUCCACCUAUUGAUAUCUGAUGUACAAGGAAUAAUGUCUUUUCCAUUGGAGAAGUAUACAGGUUAAAACACUUAAUACAUGUAUAUUUUAUUUAAAGUUUAGUCUUUUUUCUUGUCAGUAUGAAUUCUGUACAAAUUUCUUUUAUCACUGUAUCAAAUAUAAUGAUCACACAAUAAUGUGUUUCUGCACUCCCAUUAUCUUAUCACGCUUCAGUUGUGUAAGUGUACAAGACUGAAAUUACAUUAUUCUAAUAUAACACAGUACAGUGAUGUAAUAACACAGUACAAUGAUGUUAUAACACAGAACAAUGAUGUUAUAACACAGUACAAUGAUGUAAUAACACAGUACAAUGAUGUAAUAACACAGUACAAUGAUGUAAUAACACAGUACAAUGAUGUAAUAACACAGUACAGUGAUGUAAUAACACAGUACAGUGAUGUUAUAACACAGUACAGUGAUGUAAUAACACAGUACAAUGAUGUAAUAACACAGUACAAUGAUGUAAUAACACAGUACAGUGAUGUAAUAACACAGUACAGUGAUGUAAUAACACAGUACAAUGAUGUAAUAACACAGUACAGUGAUGUAAUAACACAAUACAGUGAUGUAAUAACACAGUACAGUGAUGUAAUAACACAGUACAAUGAUGUAAUACCACAGUACAGUGAUGUAAUAACACAGUACAAUGAUGUAAUACCACAGUUCAGUGAUGUAAUAACACAGUACAAUGAUGUAAUAACACAGUACAGUGAUGUAAUAACACUGUACAAUGAUGUUAUAACACAGUACAAUGAUGUAAUGGCACUGUAUAAUGAUGUAAUAACACUGUACAUAGGGAAUACUUGACUAGUAUGUCGCAAUACAAAGUUUAUUUUGGUAUGAGGCUUAGGAAAGACAAGUUGCUGAGUCAGUGUAUUAAUGUGCCAUUGCAAAAUAGUUCCGGCUUUUGAUGUAAAUCAGAUUUAAAUUUCACUUAACCAUAUAUGAAAAUAACACGCAAAUACAAAUUAUUCCCAACAAAGACCCAUUUAAGUUACUGUAUGUUUAAAACAACAAUCAACAAAGCGAUUAAGUUUUCACAGACAUGUACUUUAGUUCAGUUCAGGGUCAAGUUGAAAGUAUUCCCGUCAGGUGUGGAACAAAUUAACGUGAAUCGACGGAUAAAGAAUACGUCCAUCCGUCGGUUAUCGGUCAAUGUGUGUGGCAGGAUAAAAUAAUGUAAUAACAUGUACAAUGAUGUAUUAGCACUGUACUUAUACAAAUGUACAAAUACAUAUACUAUGCUUUAAUUAUAAUUUGUACUUCAUCACGUCUUUCUCUUCCACAUCUAUGCUAAAGAUAAUGAAGCGUUAUCAGUAAUAUUUAGUUUAAGAGUUAUUACAAACCAAAUGUUAACAUUGUGAUUGUAAUAAAUUAUUUUAAAAA